AUGGAAUCUGCCCUCCACGUCGCCGUCCAAAACAACUGGGGAGGACCCUCUAGCUCAGACAAGAAAGAUUGGUUUGCGGGUGCUGUAAGCGAAUUACUCGCCUCACGACCGGACACGGACCAGGAAGAUCUCGAGGCGUUUCUAUUACAGAUCAUGCAAGACGAAUUCGAUUGCAACGUCGAAGAUGAAAGCGAAGUAGCUACUGCACGUGAUAUCUGGGCCUUGAAGCGAUGUCUAGCGGGUGAGAUCGAGGGGACGAGCGAUAGGCUGGCGGCGUUCAAGGAGUUGGAGAGGCGGUUUAGGAAUCGGGGGCACAUGAAGACGACGGUGGAGGUGGUGGAUAAUGGGCCGCAGGAGGAGGUGGGUGAUGAUGACGAGGAAUGGAAUGGGUUUGGGGAUGGAGAUGGGGAUGUGGAUAUGACGGCUGGAGAGGAGGCGGUGCCGAAUCUGGUUCCGGCGGUUGUGCAGAAGAAGGAGAAGAAGGAGCCGGAGGUCGAUGAUGAUGGGUUUACGAAGGUGACGAGGAAGCGAUGA